AUGGCUGCCGCAGAGACGCGCAGGCUGCUUGAACAGCUCAUGGGCGAGCAGCUCAUGAGCGGCUCCGACCAGCGCGCGCCGCAGCUCAGCAUCACCGACCCAAAGGUCUGCCGCUCCUACCUCGUCGGCAACUGCCCUCACGACCUCUUCACCAAUACCAAGAACGAGCUGGGCCCCUGCCCCAAGGUUCAUAACGAGGCCCUCAAGACCGAGUACCAGGAGGCCGACGCCGAGCAGAAGCGCAGGUGGGGGUUCGAUUUCGACUAUCUUAGAGACAUGCAGCAUCACAUCGAUGGCUGCAACCGCAAAAUCGACCAGGCUCAGCGCCGUUUGGAGAAGACACCCGAGGAGAUUCGACAGACCAACGCUCAUUUGAAAGCCAUCAACGAGUAUUCGAAAUCCAUCGAAGCUGGUAUCCUCGAGGUUCAAAUCAUGGGCGAAGAGGGUCUGGUUAACAUGGCGGUGUGGGAGUACAAAAAUGUUCGCGAGAAGAAGGUGGCAAAGGAGGAGAAGGAGAGGGAGCUUCGUGCUCUGUCAGACACUGGAGGUCCCUCGGGACAUCAAAAGCUGCAGGUCUGCGAUGUGUGCGGUGCGUAUCUCAGUCGCCUGGACAAUGAUCGCCGUCUAGCAGACCAUUUCUACGGAAAGAUGCAUCUUGGUUACGCACAAAUGCGCAAGUCAUACGAAUCCCUGCAGAAAGAGCUCAAAGGCCGCGCUCCUCCCCGCGACGCGUAUCCAUCGCAAGGCGACGACCGAGGCUGGGGCGGAGGUGGCUAUGGUGGGGGUGGAGGAUUCGGUGGCCGCGGCGGCCGACGCGGUCGGGUGACCAACAAUGUACUCAACCUUGAGAUCGACGACGCUUACACGGGUUCAACCCCAUCGUCCGAAUACCUCGCCAGUCUACGCCAAAAUGCGGUCAGAAGAGUCAAACGCCAGAAAGACGCCGACGCCGACGUUUACGAGGAUCUCAUCACCCUUGGCGGCAGAGUAUACAUGACGAGAAUCACCCUUGGUAGUCGUGUCUACUCUCUUGUGCUUGACACUGGAAGCUCAGACACCUGGGUUGCACAAGCGAGCUUCACAUGCAAGGACCCAAAUGGCAACCCUAUCCCAAUUGCCGUAUGCAGGUUUGCCUACUACCCACCCGUAUUCUCUCUCGCCUUAAACCGCACCUCCUCGGCCCGAGGUGCUCCCUCUAAAGCCCCCGGCGGCCUCCUCGCCAUUGGCGGCAUCCCGGAUGUCGACCAUGACCCCAGCUCUUGGUCCGAAACAAGCAUCCUCCCCGUCUCCGCCAGCGUCUACACCUACUACAGCAUCCGUAUCGACGGCUACAGCAUCACUGCGCCUGCCGGAUCCCCCAUCGUGCCCAAGAACUUCUCCGCGAGCCCCCAGAGCAUCAUCGUCGACUCCGGCACCACUCUUAUUUAUCUCCCCGAUCGCGUCGCGGACUACAUCGCGUCGCUGUUCGUGCCGCGCGCGGUUUUCAAUGCGCAGUCGGGGCUGUACAUUGUGAGUUGUUCGGCAGUGGCGCCGCGUGUGGGUGUUACGAUCGCGGGCGUGACAUACUUCGUGAGUGAUGAUGAUCUGAUGAACCGUGGAUCUGGGGCGGUGAGCGGGCCGGGGACAGGCGCGGGUACCGGGCAGUGUGUGCUGGCCAUUCAGCCGACGAUGGGGGGCGCGGCGGUGCUGGGGGAUAGUUGGCUAAAGAACGUGCUGGUGGUGUUUGAUUUGGGGGGGAAUAAGGUUAGGGUCGCGGCGCGGGAGGUGUAUUGA